AUGCGCGGCGCCGAGCCCACGACGUCGUCGCCGCUCACGCCGGGCCAGCCCGUGCGCUCGGCACGCAGCUCGCUGCAGUCGUCGCCGUACCAGGGCGCGCACCCCUCGCCGCACGACUCGCCCACGCCCUCCGUCGGCUCGUCGCACGCGUCCAGCCCGCAGAACCUGUACACGGGCAUCAUCACCAAGCGCUCGCGCGGCCGCCGUGUGCCGAGCAACCCCGACGAGAUCGCCAACCUGAGCAAGGGCGCAAAGGUGUACACGUGCAAGGUGCCCGGCUGCGGCAAGUGCUUCAAGCGCAGCGAGCACCUCAAGCGCCAUGUGCGCAGCAUUCACACGGACGAGAAGCCCUUCACUUGCCCGUACCCCGGCUGCGCGAAGAAGUUCUCGCGCCACGACAACCUGAACCAGCACGCACGCGUGCACGCCGGCGAGCCUGACGGCGCGGUGGCGGGCAGCGGCAGCGACUCGGCGACUGGCUCGCCGCAGGUCGCUGGCUCGGCGCAGAUGUCCGGCAGCGAGCAGAACGGCCGCCGGCCGUCGCUGCUCGCCAGCCAGCCGGCGUCCGAGGGCGAGGAGGAGGACAACGGCCAGGUGCUCGAGUUCGAGGCGGACCCGCACUCGUCGCCGCUCAAGCGCGAGAUCGGACUGGAAUCGCACGACGACUAG